GUUCGUCAUAGUUCGUCAUCGUUUAUCGUUUCUCAUUUCUCACAAACAAGGAUAAGAGUAUUCGCCUAAACACUCAAACGGCCUCCAGCUUCUCACUUCUAUCCUUUAGCAUCAAUCAUCUUUAGCUUUAAGUCUUGGUGUUUUUCCGCAGCCAUUCUUUUGCGCGUGCUCGCUAUAUAGUGCGCAGCAUUAUAUUGUUAUUAAACCCCGCGGCGAUUUAGCAUUAGCUACUCGACAUCGCAACUGACAUUCUUUCUUCAUUGCGCCGAGCAUUGCGACUAUGGGUAUCUUGGGUAUGACAGCGAGCUACUUGCUCUUCUCUGUCCUUCAUUUUGCCCAGUUUGUGCUUGCCGUUACCGUUUGUGGAUUAUACGGCGUUGAUCUUUCGCGCGCGCGUUCCCAGGGCAAAUAUAUCGAUGGAAAAUGGGUCUACGCUGAAGUUGUGGGAGUUCUUGCCGCACUGGCGGCUAUCCUCUACUUCAUACCUUUUAUCCUACGAUUCGCUGCAGUUACGGUAUGGAACUCUAUCAUGUUCAUCUUGUGGAUAGCGCUCUUCGGUCUGUUUGGCGGCAUGUAUAUCCAUGAGAACCCCGAAGGCAAUGGCGACAUCCAGAGAAUGAAGAACGCCGUAUGGGUCGACUUGGCGAACGCACUGCUCUGGCUUAUUGGAUUUGUUGCGAGUGCCACUUAUUGGUGGACUCACCGCGAGAGGCGAAGCCGCUUUACGGGCCGUGCUCAGCUGGGCCGGAAUGCGUCGGUUCGGUCUUCUGGCUGGGCGGCAUAGUUAUAUCAU